AUGUCUUCAUCUCAUACCAAAACGAUCAGUCGGAUCUUGGACCCUGUAGCUCAACAAGUUUUGAAACUAAUUUUGUUGUUUGAAGAUGGAGGUACGGCAGGUGAUACACCUGAUCUUGCCAAUCGUGUUUCUGUCGUAAAAAUGGCUGUCGACAAUCUCGUUAAAGUGGGUUACGAAACAAUUUGUCAGAGUUUGGAUCAACUUUUUAAACACGAUAUGCCACCUGCACUUGUUCGUGUGGAGGAGGCGUCCGUUUUUCUACAGGAUGCUGUCAAACUGCUUUCGCGCGAUCCAUCUUCUACAAUUGGCCGAAAGAAACUUAUCGAUGGUUCUAGGGGGAUCCUCCAGGGGACGUGGUCCGUAUUAGUUGCGUUUGAUAUGUCGGAAGUCAGGAAAAUCGUCGAUUGUUGUAAUUCUGUACUCACCAUGCUCAAUACCGUUCCGAAUAUCAAGAGCUUUCCAGAGCUUGCUGAUUUUGUAAAGAAUCUUACUCCUGGAAUGUCUCAGAUGAUUAGGGAAGUCGAUGAAAGGCAGGACGAACUUGUUAUUAGGUCGCACGCGGAAAUCCUCCAACGAGGAAUUGCUCAAGUAAAACGUAUAACGCCUAUUCUCAUAUCCUCAAUCAAACUUUACCUCAACACAACCCAGCAACGUCUGCCUGCAGCUUGUGAAGCACAGUCGAACAGAGAUUACUUUUUACGUCAAAUGUCCGACGAAAUAUGCGAAAUCAUACGUGGUCUUCAGCUUACAAGUUCCGAUGACACUGAUUAUUUGGGUGACUACAAUGGCCUUCGGCUACUAGUUCGAAAUAGCAAAUUUGCAGAUGAGUGGUUGUUGAAUCCCGCUGUCAACGUAAAUGGUGCAGAAUUUAUUCAGGGUAUUCUUGAUACAGCACGGCAUUUUGAAGCAUUCUGUAUGUCAGACUCCGAGAGAAUGGGUCUCCAUGGCCUUAUCAGUGGUAUUGAUUCUUGUUUGCAUCAGCUUCUCGAUGCGCAGCAGAGGGGCGAUGCAGCGACAACACAGAGCGCGGCGGCGUGCCGUGGAGACCUGGCACGUCUGUUAGAACUGUGCCGGGCGCUGUGUGAGCGAAUGGAACACCAGAACGCCAUCUACCGACUGGCACGCACAUUGGAGGGCAAGGCGACGCAAGCGAGGCGCUGGCUUCUCGAGCCCCGCGGGCCCCAGCGACAAGUCGGCUAUGAGGCCACCAGGGCUCUCCUCGCUCAGGCCCUCCAAAUCAUCCAAACAGAGGCCGAAGAGGAAGGCUUCCAGGAUCCCGACUUUCAGGAGUCCUGCAACCGUCUUCGCUCCAAAACUGACGAGCUCUAUGCUCUGCUCGAGAAGCCACUUGUUUCUGAAGUCCAGAGGGUGCGGGAGCAAAAGUUGGCAACGGAAGCCGUUCAAACUUUGGACUUUGUGUGGCACAAUAUGCAGCACGGGUUGGUUCGACAAGUCGCCAACUUCUUCACAGAUCUUAUUGGUCCUAUCAGGAAUCUGCAGGAGGCAACUUCUGCCGUCCCUGCCAAUGCAACCGCUUACCAGCAGGCAGCCGAUAACUUCCUUGAGCACUCGCGAAGGGUGAAGCGGACAGCCAGCCUGGCGGCGAGCAAUCUGGUGGAUCCUUGGCGGGGCAGCGCGCUUCAGGCCCUUGCCUCCAACCUCGAGAGUGUCGGCAGCCAGGUCAGCAUGGCCGGCUGGGCAGUAAUGUCGGCGCGCCAGAACGGGGCCAGCGCCCAACUUCAAAACGCCGCCUCGGACCACUUUAACCUCAUCAAGAGGCACUGGACCGAGUGUGCCGAGCGCACCAGAAAUCUGGUCGACGAGGCCAUUGACGCCAAAGCCUUCAUUAAGGCCCAAGAAACCGGAAUAUUGAGGGACAUUGAUCAAAUCGAGGACAGCGCUGAUCAGCACUGCCCCACCUCCGUUGUGAAUGGAACCACGAGCAUUGCUCUGAGGGCGAAUCGCGUGUUGCAAGUAGCUAUGCGAGAGACCGAGAACAGCGAGGAUGGCGUUUAUGUUGAUCGUGUUAAUGAGGCUGUCCACAAACUACGGGCUACAAUCACAACGAUGGUAGCAGAUGCGAAGAACAUGGUCCUGGCGAUGGACGACCUGAGUGUCCGCGAGCGCUGGCGGGCCUCCAGCCGAAAUUUGGUCGAUGCUGUCUCUGGCGUAGGCCAGGUAGUUGAGCCGACUUACCUCCAUCUCGCGGGGGGCAAUAUAGGUCCGGCCUUCCAAAGAAACAACCUAAGGAAUAAGGAAGCUUCGGUUACUGAUGUAAUCCCCGUUGCUGAGAUGCGGCAGCUUUACAUCCAAGGUGGUGCCUCUUCCAGUCUAAGUGAUGACAAUUCGCGUCCUCUCUCCCCAGAAACCGACCUGGAGGAUGAAUUUAACUAUCCCCUCCCUGAGAAAAAUCAGCCAAUCAUGGCUGCCGCUCACGCUCUACAUCAGGAGGCGCGGCUCUGGUCGAGUCGCGACAACGAACUCAUCGCCGCCACCAAGCGUAUCGCCGCGCUUAUGGCUAAACUCAGCCAGAUUGUCCGUGGUGAGCAUGGUAACAAGAAGGACCUUAUCAGCGUUUCAAUGGCGAUUGCAGAGGCCUCCGUGGACGUGACGCGUUGUGCUCGAGCUCUCGGAAGGGAUUGUACCGACAGACGAAUGAAAACCAGUCUCCUGCAGUUGAGCGAACGCAUUCAAAUGAUUGGCAAUCAGCUGAAGAUCCUUUCAACAGUGAAGGCUACUAUGCUCGGAUCAGAUGACUCCCCGGAGGACCGGGAGAACACGGAAGUCUUGGUGGGCAAUGCACAGAACUUGAUGCAGGCCGUAAUUGAGACUGUGCGGGUAGCGGAGGGAGCUAGUAUUAAGAUGCGCGUGGACAGCGGCUACAGGAUUCGCUGGAUGCCACGGCUCACCUCCACAGUCAGUCCCAGUUACAUGACCCACUGA